UAAUUAAGUGUUUAAACACAUAUUUUCUGAAAUACUUAGAAAAAACAGAACAAUGGCUACAUUGAAGGCUAUCUCUGCAGCUCUGAAACUAGUGGAAGCAAAGAAACAGAAUCUGAAGGAAGCCUACGAUGAUAUUCAAUCUCACUCCUCUCUUCUCUCCUCUUUCUCUCUUUCAUGGUCCCACAUCGAUUCCCACUUCACCUCCAUUCAAAAUUCCCUCACUCAACGCUUCAUCUUCCUUCAAUCCCUUGAAUCUCAACAACAACCACCCCACAACAACCCAUCACCCUCUACCUCCAAAUUAUCCCAUUCAAAUCCCAAAGAUCCCAACUUUUUUCCAUUCCCUAACGACCCACCUUCUUCUUCCGACCCAAAUGGAACCUCUACAUUGCCCAAAAACCAUGCAGAGCAGUUGUGUGCGCUGUGCAAGAACAUGGACGGAAAGGGGUUGAGGGAUUACGUUGGGGAGCACUUGAGAGACAAGGUUGUGAUCAAGGUUGAGCUUAGGAGUGCCUUAAAGUUUGCCUCUGAUGCUGCAUCCAUGGUUCUUGAUUCCUUGGAUGGUGUUGUGGGUGCAAAUGCAGUGAAGGAUGAUAAGGUACUGCGCAGAAUGAAGAAGUGUUGCAGUGUGUUGUUCCAGCAGAUGAGGGCUGUGUCUACGUUUGUGAGUUCUAAUGUGAGGAAGAAAGCCAAGAGGUUGGGUGCAGAAUGGAAGGUAAGCUUGGUGAAUGAUAAUGCUGAUGCAGUGGGUGCUAUGGCUUUCUUGCAUUUUGUGGCGGCUUAUGGUUUGCUUUCUGAGUUGACCAUGAAUGAGCUCGCCACCUUUUCUGCAAUGGCUGCUGCUAACGAUGAGCUUCCUGAGCUUUACCAGAUUAUCGGUUUGACAGAUAAAGUUCCAGGUCUUAUUCAGAAACUUCUUGAUAAGGGAAAACAUAUUCUGGCUGUCUAGUAUGUUUUUGAGUUCAAUCUUGCUGAUAAGAUCCCACCGGUUCCAAUUUUGAAAGCUCAUGUAAAUGAAUCUCAGAAACUUGCUAGGAGACUUUCCCAGGAAGGAAAGUCACUUAAUGAGAUCACAGCUAGAGAAAUUCAUGCACUGAAAUCGGUGAUUAAGGUUAUUGAGAGUCAUAAUCUUGAAUCUGAAUAUCCACGUGCCAGCCUAGAACAGCGUAUAGAGCAAUUGAUGAAGCAAAAGACAAAUGUAAAACAGGCUGUGCCGUCUUUUGCUGCAAAGCCUCCUCAGCAUCAGCAGCUACAAAGUGGGAUCAAGCGUCCUCGAAUAUCUGCUCCAGUUGGUCCCGCAGAUGUCCUGAAUAAUGUCACUAGUGCCAGUUCAUCCGUACACCACUACCAACAACCUACUUUCCAGUCUCCUGGUUUGUUGCUGGAACAUCCAAAUCCGUGCAUGAACUUGCCACCCAUGCCGUAUGGCAUGAUGGCUUCAACCUCAACCAUCUUGCCUUAUACAGGCCCUUCAACUGGGCCUUAUGAUCUUGAUGGUGUCCCAAUGGGUCCCAAUGGCAACCUUGGUCAAGGUUGUUCUCUUCCAAAUUCAUCAGCAUUGGGUUAUCAUGAUUGUGUCUCUGCUUAUAGUGGUUAUGGUUUGCAACAUUGUUACCAAACAUCUUAUCCACAAUAG